AGCAUAUCAAUUUUAGAAUUCAUAACUUCGACAAGUGUAGCUGUGAAAGUGGCUUAAUAAGCAUUUUUAUCUAAUUUCAUAUCAGAAAAUUGUGCUUAAAACGAGAAGUGAUCAGCAAUUGUUUUACUCAUUUUGAGUUUGUACAUUUUGAGGAACAGUUCGAAUAAUUUUAAAAAGUGAAUAAAAAUGGAAGUUUCAUUUAAAAUCAAUGGAAAGUGCUACAAAGUCAGUCCCGCAACUGUUCCAUUGAAUACUUCACUGAACUCAUUCAUCAGAAAUUAUGCAAACUUAAGUGGAACAAAGUUCAUGUGUCUCGAAGGAUUCUGUGGAGUUUGUACUGUAUCCAUGAAGUAUAUGCAUCCAGUGACUAACCAAGAGACAGUUGUUGCUGUAAAUUCUUGCAUGCAGAACGUCUACUCAUGCCAUAACACUGAAAUAACAACAGUUGAAGGAGUUGGCAGCACCAAAAAAGGCCUUCACAAAAUUCAGAAGCAAAUUGUCAAGAAUCAUGGAAUUCAAUGUGGCUACUGCACCCCUGGCAUGGUCAUGAACAUGUAUUCCUUACUAGAGUCCAAAAAUAAUCGAGUAAAAAUGUCCGAAGUUGAAAAUUCAUUCGGUGGCAACUUCUGUCGCUGCACUGGCUAUCGUCCUAUUAUGGAUGCAUUUAAGAGUUUAGCUGUUGAUGGUGGAUGUAGUGAGGAUAUUGAAGAUGCUGAUAAGAUUAAAAUUUGCAGCAAAACUGGCGCAGCUUGUCAAGAAAAAUGUGGAAAGAAGGACGAAAAGUUGAGUUUUGAGUUUGAUGAUUCAACAAAAUGGCAUCGAGUGAUGGAAGUUGAUGAGAUUUUCAAGGUUCUGGAUAAGUUGAAGGAUGAUGAAGGUUACAUGCUAGUUGCUGGAAAUAUUGGACAUGAAGUCUGUAAAGCAUACAAGAAUAUCAAGUCAUACAUUGAUAUUUCAGCUGUUAAGGCACUUAAAUCCUUUAAAUUGACGCAUGAAAGCUUAGAAAUUGGCGCGAAUUCAACAAUCACAGAAGCUAUGGAAAUUUUUAAGCAGGUUUCACAAGAAAACUCCAAUUUUUCAUACUUAUCGAAGGUCUACGACCACUUUGACUUGAUAGCCAACAUCGCAAUCAGGAAUGUCGCUACAAUUGCUGGGAAUUUAGCGAUCAAAAACUUCCAUGACUUCCAGUCUGACAUCUUUGUGGUUCUUCAAGCUUUAGAUGCGACAAUAGAAAUUGCAACGUCCACUGAUGCACGACAAGUUGUCACGAUGACUGAAUUUUUGGAACUCAACAUGAACAAGAAGUUGAUCACAAAAGUCUUAUUGCCAAGCUACGAUCCAGCAACUACCAAAUUCGGAUCAUACAAAAUCAUGCCAAGAUCCCAAAAUAUACCAGCUUAUGUUAAUGCUGCAUUUAUGCUGCAAUUUGAGAAUCAAAAAGUCACAAAAGCUUACAUUUGCUUUGGCGGGAUCAGUGCGACAUUCAAAAGAGCUGAGAACUUGGAGAAGUUCUUAAUCGGCAAAAACAUCGAAGACAAUCAAGUCAUAACUUCAGCUAUUGAGGUUCUUACAAGCGAAGUGACUCCAACACCAACUUUAUUGCCAGUUUCAACAGAAUUUCGUCAAAAUUUGGCAUCUUCACUUUUCUACAAGUUCAUCCUUAGCAUCCUGCCAGAUGACAAAGUCGAUAAAAAAUUCAAAAGUGGUGCUAAGCUCCUCGAUACUGAAAUAUCGACAUCAUCAAGGAACUUUGACAAACAUGACAACAGCACAGUCCUAGGAAAUCCUGUACCUAAUGUUAAGGGUGACAUUCUGUCAACUGGAGAAGCUAAAUUUGCGAAUGACAUGCCAAAAAUGGUAAAUGAGUUGUAUGCAGCAUUUGUGACUGGAAAGAAGGUUAAUGGGAUUAUUAAGGAGAUUGAUGCUAGUGAGGCUUUGAAAAUUCCCGGCGUCACAGCAUUUUACUCAGCCAAAGACAUUCCAGGAAAGAACACAUUCAUGCCUGAGAACUUUUUAUUCGUGUCUGAACCAGAAGAAAUUUUCUGCAGUUCUAAAAUUCUGUUCCAUAAUCAACCAGUUGGCAUCAUAUUAGCUGAUACAUUUGAACUAGCGAAUGAAGCAGCAAAGCUUGUUGUUGUAAAGUUUGAAGACGAUUCGACAGAUACUGAUCAUAAGCUCAUCUUAACCUUCGAUGAUGUCAAGUCAACCCCACCAAACCUAGAACUCGACACAGAUUUCAGCAAAAUCCUUGAAAAUCCACCAAAUCCAACAGAAUUCACUUCAGUGUCUGGAAAGUUCUUCAUCGGCUCUCAAUACCAUUACUACAUGGAGACUCAAACCUGCAUCUGCAUCCCAAAUGAAAAAGGCAUGGAAGUCUAUUCAUCAACACAAUGGAUGGAUGCAGUCCAGACUGUCAUAUCCGAAUCAAUCAACAUGCCAAGAAAUCAAAUCAACAUGUAUGUCUCUAGACUUGGUGGUGGUUUUGGAGGAAAAGUUUCAAGAUCCACUCAAAUUGGUGCUGCAUGUGCUAUUGGUGCUCAUCAUACAAAUCGACCUGUCAGGCUUAUUCAGACAAUGAAGGAUAAUAUGAGCAUUAGUGGAUUAAGAAACCCAAACAUGAACGACUAUGAAGUAAAAUUCGACCAAAAUGGCAAAAUUCUGAUUCUUAAUCACGAAUAUAUUGAAGAUUUUGGAUGUAGCUUCAACGAACCAGUCACAAUGGGUGCUACACCAUUCACAUGUCAUUUGUACGACAGUGAGAAUUACAAUAUUAAAGCUUACAAAGGAAGGACCAACAAGGCAUCAUUCACAUGGUGUAGAGCACCUGGACCACUUGAAGGUGUCGCCAUGAUUGAAAAUACAAUGGAACAUAUCGCAUGGAAGUUAAAGAAGGACCCUGUUGAGGUUAGAAUUGCAAAUUUGCCUGAAGGAAGUGAAAUGAAGAAUCAGUUGGAGCUGUUUGUUAAGGAAUGUGACUACUACAACCGCCUUGCCCAAAUCCAAGCUUUCAACUCAUCAAACCGUUGGACAAAACGUGGCAUAUCAAUAGUCCCAGUCAAAUAUCCAACAGAAUAUUUUGGCAUUCAGCAUGCCUUGGUCUCAAUCUUUUACCGAGAUGGCUCAGUAUCAGUUAAUGUUGGUGGAAUUGAAAUGGGUCAAGGAUUGGUCACCAAAGUCACACAAACAGCUUCACAUGCUCUGAACAUUCCAAUGGAUAAGAUCAAUAUUAAGUGGGUGAAUUCAAUUGCAUCACCAAAUGCGACUGUGUCAGGUGGUAAUAUCACCAGUGAAGCUUCAUGUGAAGCUGUUCGAAGAGCUUGUGAGAUUCUGCACGAACGACUGGAACCAGUCAGAAUUGAGCAUAAAAUUGCAGAAUGGGAAAAGCUGAUUGACAAAGCUUAUGAACUGCAAGUUGACUUGUUAGCUUUUUACAUGUUCAAGCCAUCAGACUUGCCAAAUUAUGACAUUUGGGGCACAACAUGCACAGAAGUUGAAGUUGACAUCCUUACUGGAAACAUUCAAAUUCCACGAGUUGACAUCACGGUUGACUGUGAAAGUGUAAAUCCAGCUAUGGAUAUUGGACAGAUGGAAGGUGGAUUUGUCAUGGGACUUGGAUUGUGGUUGAUGGAAAAAAUCGUCCAUGAUCCAAAAACUGGAGAACUUUUGACUAAUGGAACCUGGAACUACAUCAAUCCAGGUGUCAAAGACAUACCAAAGGACUUUAGAGUCAAUAUCAGAAGACGUGAAGGAAAUGGGGAGAGGAUUGUGAGCUCAAAAGCUGCUGGAGAGCCACCGCUUGUCAUGUCUGUAUCAAUCUUAUUUGCAUUAAGACAAGCUUUGAACUCUGCUCGAAUAGAUUCCGGACUUAAUGAUGAAUAUUUCAUCCUUGGUGGACCAGCGACUGGAGAAGAUCGAUUUUUAAUCGCGAAUACAAAGCCUGAAAUGUUGAGAUUAAAUUGAAAUUUGUUUGUGCUUUAAUUAGACUAAGUUUUUGAAAUCCAAAAUUAUUCUAAUUGAGGAAUUAAAAAUCAUCAAAUGUAAUUUUUUCAAAAAAUAAAUAAUUAUUGAAAUUUUAACAACAAU